AAAUUAUACUCCGUAUUAAUUUAUACAACAUGAAAUUACUCUUAAACUGCAUGUUAUAACAGAUAAUUUGUAUUCUUUGACAAAAUCUUUCAAUUUAUCUUGAAGAUUGAAGUGUAAAUGGAACGAGUACAAUACAAAGCUAGAGUUGUCAAACAAUGUUACCCAGAGUAGGGAUUGUGUCCUACACUUUAAUGGCACAUUUUCGUAGUAGGAAGUAAAUUUCCUUCUCUCUGUCUUCAAAGAGGCCUUUUAUAAAUGAAACAAAGAAAGUAUGUCAAACAUUGAAUUGCAUAUAUCUGUGCCUUAUUAAAGACAUAGUUUAGACUUUUACCAAACAAAAAGCGACAUAGUUUAGACAGAUCGUCACUUGUAUAAAUAAAAUAUUAUACAUUUAACACUUGUAUAGUUGCAUCUGUUCAAAAAAAAAACCAGACCAGAUAUUUGACCUAGUCAGGGCAAUGGGGGAUGGGUAGGGGCGGAUCCAGAAAGUCACAAUGGAUGUGCUGGGGAAAAAUUGAAAUACACAUACUCUCUCCGUCCCGUUAGAAGGUUCCCGUGAACGGUUUACGAUGCUUGACUGACGAUAAAGCAAUUUAAUCUCUGCUCACACUCUGAUUAUUUUUAGUAAAUAAAACUAACAUAUUCAGAAACUACAUUAAAACUGGGAAAAUGGGGCAAAUAAGCCCAUGUACUAACCAAAAAAGGUCAAAUAAGCCCUUAUAUAGCAGGCUAUGUUAGGCCGUCGUCAUUUGGGGCGGUUCCCGGUGGAAAUAUUUGAUGCAAUUUUUUGAGCAUAUUAUUCAUUAAGUCUAGUUUACGCAUUCCAAAUUUCAGAUAAAACUUCAAUCGAGAAGGCAUUCAAAUGAAUUCUUGAAGAUAACUGCGCAGUUAAAAGCGCAGUUAUAUUCAAGAAUUUAUUUGAAUGCCUUCCAAAUUGAAUUGUUAGCUGAAAUUUGGUAUGAGUAAACUCCUCUUAAUGAAUAAGAUUCUCAAAAAAUUUCAUAAAAAAUUCCACCGAGAACUGCCCCAAAUGGCCACGGCCGGACAGAGUCUCCUACAUAAGGGCCUAUUUGACCUUUUUUGGUUAGUACGUGGGCUUAUUUGCCCCUUUUUCCUUAAAACUGCUACAAAGCCUGAUAAAAAAAUGUAAAUUUGAUAAAAAAUUGAUUUCUAAAGUAAAGGAUUAAAAAUGAUUUAAGUUGACCAUGAGAAUAGUGGACGGGAACCUUCUAAUGGGAUGGAGGUAAUACAUAAUAAUAAGUCAAGUCGUCAACACUUUAAAUAUUCAUCAAAACAUCAUUUAAGUUGGGCCCUACGCGACUUCAAAGUAUAAAAUUCAUCAAUAAUAGAAUCUACAGUUAUAUUAUUAACAAAAUCUCGUUCAAUAUAGAUUAUCAAUGAAUAUUCAAGAAAAUCAUAUCCCAUUUUGUUACGAAUUGUCGUCUUCACAUGCUUCAUUGCUGAAAAUGCUCUUUCCGUAAUAGAAGUAGAAACAGGUAGGGUCAAAACCAGACGAAUUAGGAUGUUUUUACUUGGACUGUAAUUUGCUGGUCUGGUCUGGUCUCUUUGUAUUUUUAUAACUAUCCAAGUCUGAUCUGGGAGGAAUUACAGUCCAAGUAAAAACAUCCUUAAUCUCGUCAGCAUAACAUAGAUUUCUGAUUUCCCACUCUCCGUCAAAUUUUGACAUAACUCAACAAAUGUCAACGCUUGAGAUGAUGAAACAAUAUCAUGCUUGUAAUGAAUCAACUCAAUCUCAAGUGAGACGAUGUCUUGAUCAGUGAAAUCUACAGGAUAAAACUUUUGUGCAAAUUACAAAUAUCCUCACUGGUAAAUGAGCUGAAGGAGUUCUUGGGAUCUAAAGCAAGACUAAGUUGAAGAAGUUCCAUGGAUAUAUCAUUAAAGCGCGUGUGUAACUCAGUCAAAGUAAAAUCAAUCACUUUAUUGAAGACAUCAAAAUGAUAAUGAUGUUCUAUUGUUGGUUGGAAACGACACCGCUCAAUCUUAUAUGGAUCACCCAAAUUUGGAACAUCAAUAUCAUUUGAAGAGCAAAAACUCUUGACUUCUUUAAGAAAUUCCUCUCAACCAGAUGCUCUUAACUCUGAAAGGAUAAUUUUAGUAGUACCAACGAAUGUAAUAGCACUCAAAAUAUCAAGAGUUUUUUUUGAAGAACCUGGCAAACAGCAUCAGUUAUUCUCAAAAGUUUAUGCAUCAAAUGUAAGACAAACACGAAUUCAAAGUUUGCCAUUUUCUAUAGGUCCCAAGAACUUCAGCUUUAGAUCUUCCAUUUGGAGAGUUCUCAACCAAAUGUUCAAACACUUUGCAAGUUGCGGCAUACACAUCUAUCAAACUCUUCACGGAGAUAUAGUGAGAUCCCCUAUGAGUAGACCCCGAUCGUUGCAAAUUACCAACUUGAUUUGCAUCACGUCCCAACUCAUGCUCCCCAGUUGCUAAUAACUUCUCAAUUUCACUUCUUUGAGACACGUGCCACUUCGAUACCCGCUUUGGUGAAGAAGUGAUAAUAUUAACAAUAUUAUCCAAGUGAGAGAAGAAUUCCCAAAUUAAGCUAAUAUCAUUAGCCGCAGGAACCAACGCAAGUUGUAAGCGAUGUGCAAAACAAUGAAUGUAAUAUACAUAAGGACAAUCUCUACGAAAUAUCACCAACACUUCUAAUGGCAAAGAAACGCUCUGUAAGAAUUCCACUGUUGUUCACAAACCUUAUAAUAAUCGUCAUCUGCUCCUAUUUAGAUAUAUCUUGUGCUUCAUCAACAAGAAUGCAGACACAACUAUUUGCAAUUUCUUCACGAACCAUUUGGCGAACUCUAUUUGCCAUUAUAUUCAACAUCUUUUUUUGAAUCUCGGGAGCAAUGUAUUGAGCAUUUUUUGGAGUAUUCUCAAGUACAACUUCAUGAGCUUUGGUAUUCAUACUCGCAAAAGGUUUCACUAAUUCAAUAAGGUUUCCCCGAUUUGAUGAUGUUAGAGAUUAAUCAUGGCCUCUAAAGACACAACCUUGAAGUGUUAACCAUCGAACAACUAUAAUAGAAGUUCUCGAUCGCAAACGAUUUUUCUCCUUUUCUUGUUAUGGUUGGGCGUGCAAAACAUUCUUAAUAUGAUCAGACGGUUGCCUCAAAUUUUCAGCUCUUAAUCACAAUCAUUUGACCAUAUUAAGAAUGUUUUGCACGCCCAAUCGGAACAAGAAAAAGAGAAAAAUCACUUUUGAUUGAGAACUUCUAUUAUAACUGUUCGAUGGUUAGCACUUCAAGGUUGUGCCUUUAGAGGUCAUGAUGAAUCUCUAACAUCAUCAAAUCGGGUAAACUUUAUUGAACUAGUGAAAACUUUUGCGACUAUUAAUACCAAAGUUCAUGAAGUUGUACUUGAGAAUAGUCCAAAAAAUGCUCAAUACAUUGCUCUCGAGAUUCAAAAAAAAAUCUUGAAUAUAAUGGCAAAUAAAGUUCGUCAAAUGGUUCGUGAAGAAAUUGCAAAUAGUUGUUUUUGCAUUCUUAUUGAUGAAGCACAAAAUAUAUCUAAACAGGAGCAGAUGACGAUUAUUAUAAGAUUUGUGAACAUCAAUGGAAUUCUUACAGAGCGUUUCUUUGCCAUCAGUAGUGUUGGUGACACUAUGGCAACAACCUUGAAAGGUAAAAUAUGUGAUGUGCUUGGUCAUCAUGAUUUCCAAGUGUCUAAAAUGAGAGGCCAUGGUUAUGAUGGUGAGAGUAAUAUGAAAGGCUCAUGGAAUGGUCUUCAGCCAUUAUUUCGUAGAGAUUGUCCUUAUGCAUAUUACAUUCAUUGUUUUGUACAUCGCUUAUAACUUGUGUUGGUUUUUGUGGUCAAGGAUGUUAGCUUAAUUUGGGAAUUCUUCUCUCACUUGGAUAAUAUUGUUAAUAUUAUCACUUCUUCACCAAAGCGGGUAUCGGAGUUGCACGUGUCUCAAAGAAGUGAAAUUGAUAAGUUAUUAGCAACUGGGGAGCGUGAGUUGGGAUGUGAUGCAAAUCAAGUUGGUAAUUUGCAACGAUCAGGGUCUACUCGUUGGGGUUCUCAUUAUAACUCCGUGAAGAGUUUGAUAGACAUGUAUGCCGCAACUUGCAAAGUGUUUGAACAUUUGGUUGAGAACUCUCCAAAUGGAAGAUCUAAAGCUGAAGUUCUUGGGACCUAUAGAAAAAUGGCAAGCUUUAAAUUCGUGUUUGUCUUACACUUGAUGCAUAAACUUCUGAGAAUAACUGAUGCUCUUUGUGAGGUUCUUCAAAAAAAACUCUUGAUAUUUUGAGUGUUAUUACAUUUGUUAGUACUACUAAAAUUAUCCUUUCAGUGUUAAGAGCAUCUGGUUGAGAGGAAUUUCUUAAAGAAGUCAAGAGUUUUUGGUCUUCAAAUGAUAUUGAUGUUCCAAAUUUGGGUGAUCCAUAUAAGAUUGAACGUUCUCGUUUCCAACCAACAAUAGAACAUCAUUAUCAUUUUGAUGUCUUCAAUGAAGCAAUUGAUUUUACUUUGACUGGGUUUCGCACGUACUUUAAUGAUACAUCCAUGGAACUUCUUCAACUUAGUCUUGCAUUGUAUCCCAAGAACUCCUUCAACUCAUUUAACAGUGAGGAUAUUUGUAAAUGUGAACAAAAGUUUUAUCCAGCAGAUUUCACUGAUCAAGACAUUUUCUCACUUGAGAUUGAGUUGAUUCACGACAAGCAUGAUAUUGUUUCAACAUAUCAAGCGUUGACACUUGUCGAGUUAUGUCAAAAUUUGACGGAGAGUGGGAAAUCAAAAAUGUAUGUUAUGCUGACGAGAUUAAUUCAUCUGGAUUUGACUCUGCCCGUUUCUACUGCUACUACGGAAAGAACAUUUUCAGCAAUGAAGCAUGUGAAGACGGCACUUCGUAACAAAAUGGGAGAUGAUUUUCUUGAAUAUUCAUCGAUGAUCUACAUUGAACAAGACUUUGUCAAUAAUAUAGAUGUAGAUUCUAUUAUUGAUGAAUUUUAUACUUUGAAGUCAUGUAGGGCAUAACUUAAGUUAUGUUUUGAUGGAUAUUUAAAGUGUUGACGACAUGACUUAUUAUUAUACAUGUGUAUUCCAAUUUUUCCCCAGCCCACUCCAUUGCUAAUUUCUGAACCCCUGCCUAACCCUCUUUCGGUACAUGUUCGAUCUAAUCCUUUCUAAAGAAAUCUCAAAUGCACGACGACUUCAGAUUUCUACUAAAAUUGUGUACACCAUGUACUCCCAAUUACUCCGUAUAUAAUAAAACCUGAGUUUGAAAUGUAUGUAUGACCUAAUAAGAAUGCAUUUUGGACAAAAUGGAUGUAUACCUUCAACUUAACUUCCCGAGACUUGCUUCUCUUCUUCCCUACGCAUUUACGUUCUUCGCACCCCCACCCCCUCCGGCCUCCGGCCCCCAGUCUAAACGCUUCAGAUGAAUGAUUUUAGGAGACUGGAGCUCUAUCCACCGACCACCGCCGGCCACUUUCCUCGGUCUACCGUCCGCCAAUCAUCCCUCCGUCUUUCCAGAAUCACGCUUGUCAACUGUCCGCUGUCUGCGGUGCCGCAGCCGCGCUGCCAAGUGCCCGCGUAGUCCGCCAGCCCCCUCUUUUCUUCCGCAGCCCCACCCACUCUUUUUCUUGUUUUUCGUUGCUGUAUUUCUUUACCCUGGGCCCGCCGUAUAAGGAUAAGGGAGUAGAGUACAUAACACUGGGCCCGUUUUUUACGGUGGGGCAGUUCAUUUUUUUCCAAACUUAUAAAUAUCAUGUUUGUGAAGUUUUUUUGUCUGUUAAUCCGGUUCAUAGACAAUAUUUUGUUUGUGUAAAAUAUUGUCUGUGAGUCGAUGUUCACAGACAAAAAAAACUUUUCACAAACAUAGGUGUGUAGAAAAGUAUGUAUAAGAAUCUGUACAAAAGCUUUUUUGCAUUUUUUUUAGGCUGGACAAUUCGGAUAAGGCCUUAUAUGAGAUGAAGGUUCAUCCA